UGCGUGUGUGCAUGCAUGUGUGUGUGUGUGUGCGCGCGUGUGUGUGCGCAUGUUUUCACAGAGACACCCAGGAAAGACCUGUUUGGUGCUGAAGGUUUGCCCUCUGUCUUUUGCCCACUAGAGGAUUCAGAUUGUGUCGUGAAUUUAGAGCUGAAUUCAGACGUUCGUUAGUUUAACCUCCACAUUGUACAGAUGAGUAAACUGAGGCAGAGCCCCGUAGAUGCUAAGCGACUGUACCAAGCCACGCAGGGUAGAGUUAGGAUUUGAACCCUCGUUCCGUGACACCAAAUUCAGAACUCCCCUCUCCGUCACGAACCCCUCCCCGGCUGCCUAGGCAACGUGGACUUCCCUCAUCCCCUUAUUUUGAAAGAGAAUUGACCACACCACGGACCAAGCUAACGUUAGAUCCUCUGGCAAAACACUCCGAAACUAUCGGGAUUUCACAGGUUUGGAAUCACUUUCAAGUCCCGGAACUCGUGCCCGUUAUGUGCCUGACACUAACCUGUACCUGACAGGCACAGGGCUUGCGAAGAAUCAGGACCUUCGGGGCUUUGCAGCCUAAUUGGAGAGACCAGAUGGAGAUGCCUGAGACAAUUAAAAGCCAUUAUAGAGGCUAUAAUCAAGAACCAUCCUUUGUGAUUCAGAUAAACGCAGUGCCGGCAGUGGUAAAAGAUUAUUAAAAUUACGGAAUAAGGAAUAAGAAGGAAGAAAACUACAGAAAAAGUACAGAAUAAGAACCACAAUUACAGUUUGGAAAGGUGAGCAGGAUUUUCCCAUCUUAUCUCUCUACAGCCAGGCCUCCCCUACCAUGGCCAGCCGGGGUGGGGGCCGAGGCCGGGGCCGGGGUCGUGGUCAGCUCACCUUCAAUAUGGAGGCUGUGGGCAUUGGGAAGGGGGAUGCCCUGCCCCCUCCCACCCUGAAGCCCUCCCCACUCUUUCCUCCCCUGGAGUUCCGUCCAGUGCCUCUGCCCUCGGGAGAAGAAGGUGAGUAUGUUCUGGCGCUGAAACAGGAGCUACGUGGGGCUAUGAGGCAGCUUCCCUACUUCAUUCGUCCAGCCGCUCCUAAGAGAGAUGUGGAGCGUUAUUCAGACAAAUAUCAGAUGUCAGGGCCGAUUGACAAUGCGAUUGAUUGGAACCCUGAUUGGAGGCGUCUUCCCAGAGAGCUCAAGAUUCGAGUUCGAAAAUUGCAGAAAGAACGGACAACAAUCCUGAUCCCCAAGAGGGCCCCUAAAACCCCGGCUGAGAAAGAAGAAACCAUUCAAAAACUGGAGACCUUGGAAAAGAAGGAAGAAGAAGUGACUUCAGAAGAGGAAGAGGAGAAAGAAGAGGAGGAGGAGAAGGAAGAUGAAGAAGAGGAGGAGUAUGAUGAAGAAGAGCAUGAGGAGGAGACAGAUUAUAUCAUGUCCUAUUUUGAUAAUGGAGAAGACUUUGGGGGUGACAGCGAUGACAACAUGGAUGAAGCAAUUUAUUGAAGAACUAUCUUGGAUAAAACUCCCACUGCCCGGACUUUCUCAAGCCCUAGGGAUUGAGAAGCUGUUCUAGCCAUCUGUGAUUAUGGGCACACCAUCUUUCCAAACCCAGCCGGAAUCAAGACGCUGCAUUAUCUCCUUGAGGGGAGGAACAGGGACCUAGUAGCUCUGGCUAGCUCUCCUCCCCCAAUUAUGGGGGCUGGACUUUACCUCUUGCUUUGGAGAAGAGGUAAAGGACUGAAUUUUUAAAAAUGAUUUUAUACCUUGAGGGAAAGGAGAGUGGGAAGAAUCAGUACAAGUUACAACUGCCUCCCUUUCCCCUGCCUACCUGUUCCUACCCUGAAUAAUUUUCUCUUUUUUGGAGAAAAUUGGGGGUUGGGAAAAAUAGGGAUAAGGCCAGUUUUAUGGUUUUUAAAUAAAGUUUUGUUCUCUA